AUGGCGAAUAAGCCUUUGGUUCUUGCCUUCUUCAUCUUCCUUCCUCUUUGCCUUUCACUUCCAUUGCCCGAACUGCCCGAACUGCCCGAACGGCCCGAACUGCCCCAAGUUUCUCCCUUUGCAUUUCUCAAUGACCUCCAUGGGUGCAAGAAAGGUGACAAUGUCAAAGGCAUAUCCAAGCUCAAGAACUUCUUCCACUAUUACGGUUAUUUAAACCAUGGAACGAACAUUACUAGUUAUACGAACGACGUCAAUGAUGCCUUUGACGAUCACCUCGAAUCUGCCAUCAAAACCUACCAACAGUAUUUCCAUCUCAACCCUACUGGAACCUUGAAUCCCGAGACGAUAUCCCAACUUGCAACUCCUCGGUGCGGUGUUCCAGAUAUUGUUAAUGAAACUACAAGUUGAUUGUUGUUUAAAGAAGAUGAUGAUGAUGAUGAUCGUGUCCAUCUCUAUCACCUUCCUCAUGUCGUGUCUCAUUACGCUUUCUUCCCUGGAAAGCGUAGGUGGCCAUCUUCCAAAUAUCGCCUCACUUACGCAUUUCUUCCUAGUACUCGUAAAGAUGCCAAAGCACUUGUGACUCGAGCGUUCACUAUAUGGGCUCGAUACACUCAUUUCAAAUUUUCUUUGACUACAAACUACAAAAGAGCUAACUUGAAGAUUGGGUUCUAUAAAGGCAACCAUGGAGAUGGGUAUCCAUUUGAUGGGCCCGGUGGGACAUUGGCUCAUGCUUUUGCACCAACUGAUGGGAGGUUUCAUUAUGAUUCAACUGAAAAAUGGGCUGUUGGGGCUGUGAAAGGGCGAUAUGACUUACAAACGGUGGCUUUGCAUGAAAUUGGACACCUUCUUGGGCUCGGACAUAGCACGGUUAAAAACGCUAUAAUGUAUCCUUAUAUCAAGUCCGGGACGACCAAGGGCUUGAAUGCCGAUGAUAUUAAAGGAAUCAAGGUACUAUACAAGAAACGCUAAGCAAAGAUCUCCACAAAUGGUAU